AUCGAAUCGACCGCGCGAUAGUUCACGGCGGCGGUACGGGGAGCUUCGUCGGGCACAUUUUCAUGGUCGAGGAAGGAGCAGCGAGCGCAUUUUGAUGCGUGAUCCUUCGUUGUCGGGCUGACUUGCGUUCGCGUCGACUUGCCUGAAGUGUGGUUUGACGGGCGACUCGACACGGUGCGUGAGUGGCGAGGAUGAGCGAGAACGCGGAAAUCCCGGCCGCGCCGCAGGCCGAAGAUCUGGCCAGGGCGGAGAUGUACAAGGAAGAGGCGAACGAGUAUUUCAAGAAUCAAGUGUACGACAAAGCUAUCGAACUGUAUACCAAAGCCAUAGAAUUAAAUCCGUCGAUAGCCGUGUACUAUGGCAAUAGAAGUAUUUCCUACCUGAGGACUGAAUGUUUCGGUUACGCGUUGACAGACGCGUCCAAAGCCAUCGAGUUGGAUAGAAAUUAUAUAAAGGGUUAUUAUCGCAGAGCCGCUGCUUAUAUGUCACUGGGCAAGUUCAAGCUGGCGCUUACGGAUUACAGAACCGUUAUGAGAGCUAAGCCAAAUGACAAGGAUGCCAUGGCGAGAUUUACGGAAUGCUCCAAGAUGGUCAAAAUGUUAGCAUUUCAAAAGGCUAUCUCGGUAGAAGAAAAAAAAAAUAUAGCCGACAUGAUCAAUCUAGAAGCCAUGGCCAUUGAGGAUGAAUACACAGGGCCUAAAUUGGUCGAUGGAAAAGUCACAUUACAAUUUAUGCAAGAAUUAUUAGAAUGGUAUAGAAAACAAAAUAAACUGCAUCGUAAAUAUGCUUACAAGAUCCUGUUGGACGUUAAAUCAUGGUUCAUGGCACAACCUAGUUUAGUGGACAUCACAAUUCCUGAAGAUAGCAAAUUCACUAUUUGCGGUGAUAUACACGGACAAUAUUAUGACUUGCUUAAUAUAUUUAAGUUAAAUGGAUUGCCAUCAGAAACUAAUCCAUAUUUAUUUAAUGGAGAUUUUGUAGAUAGAGGCUCUUUCUCUGUAGAAUGCAUAUUCACUUUAUUUGGUUUUAAGUUAUUAUACCCUAAUCACUUUUUCAUGUCAAGAGGCAAUCAUGAAUCAGCAACGAUGAAUCAAAUGUAUGGAUUUGAUGGUGAAGUCAAAGCUAAAUAUUCAACCCAGAUGGCGGAAUUGUUUACAGAAGUAUAUAACUGGCUUCCUCUUGCACACUGUCUUAACAAUAAAAUACUCGUGAUGCAUGGCGGCUUGUUCUCGCGGGACGACGUUACAUUGCAAGAGAUCAGGGAAAUCGAUCGAAACAGGCAACCACCUGACGAGGGACUGAUGUGCGAACUGUUGUGGUCAGAUCCGCAGCCGCAAAUAGGCAGAGCACCCAGCAAGCGAGGCGUAGGCGUUCAGUUCGGGCCUGACGUCACGCAAAAUUUCCUCACGACGAAUUCCCUCGAUUAUAUCGUGAGGAGUCACGAGGUCAAGAAUGACGGUUUCGAGGUCGGGCAUGAUGGGAAAUGUAUUACAGUAUUCUCCGCUCCGAAUUACUGCGAUACCAUGGGUAACCGAGGUGCCUUUAUCACACUUAACGGUAAAGACAUGAAACCUUACUUCACGUCGUACGACGCAAUGCCUCAUCCAAACGUAAGGCCGAUGGCUUACGCCAACUCUCUACUAAAGUUCAUGUGCUAGUGGAAUACUCCCUAGGAACACAAUGAAUUUCCUGUAUUAUAUAAAGUGCAUGCGACGAAUGCAUAAUAUUGAUGGGUACAAAAGCGAGAAAGGUUUGCUUAUUUUUACAACAGGCAAACAGUUUUACCGAGUUUUCUUAUCUAUGAUAAGAAAAACGACUCAUCAGACAUCAACUAGCAACUUUGUGUUCGUUUGUAAUAAAAUAACGCGAAAAAAACGUUUCUAUUUUGUACCCUCAAUCUGCAACCACCUUGCUCGUUAAAGACGUAUCCGUGCGCGCACACACACACACACGCGCGCGCGCGCGCGCACGCACACACACACACACACACACACACACACACACA